GAGGGCGGACGUGGGCGGGGUUUAGCGCGUUGUUGGUGUGUGUAUUGAGCAGCAUGGCGCUGAACGCAGAGGAGGAGGAGUUUGAGUGGGAGCCGCCCAGUGAGGCGGAGCUGAAGGUGUUCCAGGCUCGAAGGGAGCGUCAGGAUAAGAUCAGUAAACUGAUGGGAGAUUAUUUACUGAAGGGCUACAAGAUGCUGAGCGACUGCUGCGACACCUGCGGGACAAUUCUGCUCCAGGAUAAACAGAAGAAGAAUUACUGUGUGGCCUGUCAGGAACUCGACUCGGACAUCGAUAAGGACAAUCCUGCUCUGAACGCUCAGGCGGCUCGGUCUCAGGUACGAGAGCGUCAACUCGCCAAUCAUCACCCCCUCAAUGCCAAUGAAGCCACACCCACCGUACCAGAAGCCCCACCCAGCAGCAGACCAGAGCACUGCGAAGGAGCAGCGUCUGGGCUCAGAGCCCUGCCUCCACCUCCUCCUCAGCCUCGCCCCCUUCCUGCUCCAUCCUCCCCCCCGUUGCAGAACCUGAGUGGUCUCUCCAGCUCUGUCGCUCUUCCUCGUCGUCCUCCUCCUCCUCAUCACCAGGCUGCUGUGGACGCACAGGACGUUGUGCUGCAGAAGCUGCGUUGGGCCACACAGGAGCUGCAGACGGCCGUCUCCCUCGAGUCCUGCGUGCAGCUGUGCAGUCUGAUCCGUGCCUGCGCAGACGCACUGCAGAGCCUCAAACACCUGCAGCACUGACACUGUACACACACACACACACACACACACACACACCACUGAAUCUGUGUUACUCUUCACACUCGCAGGACAUCACUGACCUCACUCCAGGGUCUUCAUCUGGGGGUGUGGCCUGGGGGGUGUGGUCUUGUGUACUAUCAGAAGCGAAAGUGUACAGUGUGUGGUGUGAAAUAAACACAGCGUCACACACGGAGUUGUUUAUUGUAAUAAAACUGAGGAGGUGAAGCUGCAGAGUUCAACUGAUUUUCUGCUGAAUGAGAAAUAAACACCAGAACUGAAGAUA